GCCACAACCUUCAUGUGGGAAAGGCUUUCAGACUCUCAUCUCAUAAAUUCCACUAACCCGGUCGCGGCCACCAUGUGGGCCUCUCACAGCUCCCGUAGCCCAGUUACCGAAACGGAAACCCCGCUAUUAUCAGGGUCGGGCCCCGCCACCACAUACGAUGUGCAGGCCGGGCCACCCAAGUGCGGCAGAUGUCGGCCUAGCAUUCCACGGCCAUGGAUACCCCAAUAUAAGGCUGAAAUCUUUACAUGACUUCAAAGAACGCCAGCUCGUCACCGACCCCCAAAAGGCAUUUCACUUCACCGAUCUACAAAGACUGAAGCCAACACGUGCAAAUGAUCCUUACGACUACCAAGCAGGAUGGGGAAAUCGACACCAGUCUGAGGUUAUCCCUGGCACUCUGCCUGUUGCCCAGAACAACCCUCAAGAAGUCCGGUUUGGACUUUACACCGAAGGCAUUACGUAUUCAGCAUUUGCAGCCCCGCGUGCACACAACUUCAGCACGUAUAUGUACCGGUGUCGACCAGCGGCUGCUCACAAGGGUUACAUUCCGAUUGAGACAAAAUCCAACAUCACAAAUUGCUUCCUGUCCAUCAACCCCAAGGUCGAGACGCUUCCCGAACAAGCAGAAUGGCGUCCGUUUCCACUGCCGAAAGACGAUGAGAAAAUUGACUUCGCAGAUGGUCUGCAUACUCUCUGUGGCAGCGGAGACCCCAACAUCAAGGAGGGUCUUGCGCUAUACGUGUACAUGAUCAACUCUAGUAUGGAGCGGCGAGCAUUCUGCAAUACCGAUGGCGACUUCCUCAUCUGCGCCCAACAGGGUAAUCUAGAUAUCAAGACAGAGAUGGGAAAGAUCUUCCUGCAACCUGGUGAGAUCUGUGUCAUCCAGCGCGGUAUCCGGUUCUGCCUCAAUCUAGCCCCGGGCACGCCAGUGGCGCGUGGCUAUAUCACAGAAAUCUGGGGUUCUAUGUGGGAGCUUCCUGAUCUCGGCCCACUAGGCGGCCACGGUCUUGCCAAUCCUCGCGAUUUCCUCUACCCGGUAGCUGCUAUCGAUGAUGAUUUGCACGUGGAUUGGCAGAUUGUUAAUAAGACGAACGGUCAGCUCGUGGCGAUCCAACAAGACCACAGCCCCUUCGACCUUGUCGCAUGGCACGGCAAUGUCGUACCUUAUAAAUACGAUCUGACGAAGUUCUCGUCACAGAACAGUACAUCUAUCGACCACACUGAUCCUUCGAUCUUCACAGUGCUCACAGCCAAGUCCCGUGAUCCCAUCACGCCACUCGCAGACUUCCUCUGGUUCGGUCCAAGGUGGGAUGUCGCGACCAACACUUUCCGUUUACCAUACUUCCACCGCAAUUCCGCGUCAGAAUUCCUUGCUUGUCUAUAUGGACAAGGUCUUGGACGAAGCGACGACUUCCAACCGGGUGGUGGUAGUUUCGAGGGUGGCCACACGCCCCACGGUGGAUUCCACGAGGGAUAUCAGCACGGCAUGCGGAUACAUGAGAGCCAACCCGAGAAGAUCCUGACUGACCAACUGACCAUCAUGGUUGAAUCGAGCCGUCUGUUCCUCUUUACUGAGUACGCCCGCAAGGGUUGCGGAACAAUCGAGACCCACGGUACCGAUUACAAGGUCUGGGAUGCUCUUCCAGACCGCUUCUCCGCCAACAAAAGAGCUCAGGAGUUGCUUGCCAGGAUCAAAGACGAUAAGAUCGCUGAGAAAAAGAGGCUUGCACCAUACUAUUUUGGUGGUUUCUCACAUGGCGCAAAUACCAGCGACACGGAUGGUGUUCACGCCGAAGAGUUCAGGAAAUAUUUAAGUCCCGAGUCAAAGACCAACGGGACGAAUGGCGUUCACGCCUGAUUGGUUCUCCGGCUUCACGAUCUUGGUUGUCUCAG